GAUCAAAGUCCACUUCCAUGACUCCAAAGGCAACUACCUCAAAACCAUCGAAGGCAACGAGGGUGAUUCAUUACUGGAUUUGGCUCAAGAGCACGAUAUAGACAUGGAAGGGGCAUGUGAAGGCAGCGUAGCUUGUUCGACAUGUCAUGUAAUCCUAUCACCAGAGCAUUACGAUAUGCUGGAAGAGCCGGAAGAUGACGAAAAUGACAUGUUGGAUAUGGCCUUUGGUCUGACUGAUACGUCGCGACUAGGUUGUCAGGUCCUUUUGAAAAAGGAGCUGGAUGGAAUGACUGCCACCCUUCCCUCUGCUACUCGUAACUUUUUCGUGGACG